GUUUUUGUCUUUCUCUUCCGCGUUUUCCAGACGGGCCUCGUGAUGUCAUUACGUCAGCGUGCGGUUACGUAAGUGCGUGACUCAGAAAAACCAACACGAGGAUGAUAAGGCGUUUAUUACCGCUUUAAAGUCAAUAAAGACUGAUUCCAGCAUGGCAUCUGUGGAGUUUUCGAUUGAGAGGAUUUUGGGAAGUGGAAAUGAGGAAAAGUGCAACAGGAUCAAACUGCACAGACCUUGGGCAGCAGACCCAGAGACAGAGAAGGAAAACUUUGAGGUUUAUUCAGAUUUGAGCUCCAUCAGACCAAACUCCCACUGGUUUAUGGGACGAAGACCAAGGACCGCCUUCACUGACAAACAGGUGGGAAUGUUGGAAAAAGUUUUCCAGGUGAACUGUUAUCCAGGGAUCCAGCUCAGAGAGGAACUUGCACACUCACUCAAACUGGACGAGGACAGGAUACAGGUAAAGAUGAUGGUUUCACUUCAUCUGCCUCGUAUUGGGGCUCGACUUGGGACUCGACUUAGACUUGAAGAUCUGGUUUCAGAACCGCAGAGCCAAACUGAGACGCUCGCUCCGAGAGACACAGCUGCACCGCGUCCAGUCUUCACUCAGCGACGACGUCAUCAGCCCAGAGGUCAAAGGGCACGGCGAGGGUCACGGGAGGUCACAGGAGACAGCUCCAUGUGACACCAGCAGGACCAUCACCACUCAACAGUGAACACAGAUUGUAAAUAAAAUAAAUUAAAACACAUCAAAACCUCAAAAAUCCUGAUUCUAAACCAUGUAAAACACUUUCAAGCGUAGCAAGUGAGCCCUGUGAAAUUGACUGCUGUAAAUAAAUAUUUCAGAUUAUUUAUAUAUAGGCCUGAGCUAUUUUUUUCUGACUUUACCUGUAUAAAAUUGUAUUUUAUUUUAUUUUUUAACAAAUAAAUAAAAUAUAAAAAUAUAAA